GGAGGAGGAGGAGGAGGAGGUGGAGGCGAGGCAAGACCUGCGGCUCCGCGGGGCCACUGCCGCGGCAGCUCUAGGCAACCCCACGGAGCUACGCCGGCUUCAGCCAGCCCGCGAGCCCCUCGCCGCCCGUCCAUCCUUCCACCCGCCCAUCCGCCCCGACUCGUCUGGGGGGCGGCCUAGUCUGCAUCGUCUGCCAGGCUUCUGGGGCCGCCACCCCGCGCGGUCCGACCACCUCGGCGUCCCUGGCCGCGCCCGGCCCCGGGCCCGCUCGCCCGCCCGCCCGCCGGCACCAUGAUGGAGGAGAUCGACCGGUUCCAGGUGCCCACCGCGCACUCGGAGAUGCAGCCGCUGGACCCAGCUGCCGCCUCUAUCUCAGAUGGAGACUGUGACGCCCGGGAGGGUGAGUCAGUAGUCAUGAAUUACAAACCAUCCCCGCUCCAGGUGAAGCUGGAGAAGCAAAGGGAGCUGGCCCGGAAGGGCUCCCUGAAGAACGGCAGCAUGGGCAGCCCCGUCAACCAGCAACCCAAGAAGAACAACGUUAUGGCCCGGACAAGGCUGGUCGUCCCUAAUAAAGGCUACUCCUCGCUUGACCAGAGCCCCGAUGAGAAGCCACUGGUAGCUCUUGACACAGACAGCGAUGAUGACUUUGACAUGUCCAGAUACUCUUCCUCUGGCUACUCCUCUGCAGAGCAGAUCAACCAAGAUUUGAACAUCCAGCUGCUGAAGGACGGCUACCGGUUAGACGAGAUCCCCGACGACGAGGACCUAGACCUCAUCCCCCCCAAGUCUGUGAACCCCACCUGCAUGUGCUGCCAGGCCACUUCCUCCACCGCCUGCCACAUCCAGUAGCGGGCGGGGUCGCCGCGGCACACUGGGCAGUGCUGACCUGGGCCAGGUGGAACGCAGCCAGCGGGGGCAACCCGUUACCCAGCUGGUCCACCAGUCCCCAGCUCCGAGCCCCUUACAGCCGCCAACCUCGUAACAGUCAUUGCUUCCUCCUAUGGUAGGACGUGUACCUCUGUGUGUUCAUGGAGCCGGAGAAACCGAAACCGGGUCUGUCUCCAGCCCCGGGGCUGAGGAGCGGGCACUGUUCAGUUACUUGGGGGGACUACACCCAAGCCCCCUGCCACCCCUCCCAACGCUGUAGUCAGGGGGCAGCACUGGAGGCCAGAGGCCCGCUGUAAGCAGUCCGGUGAAGAAAUCACAAGGCCUGGGGGAAGGGGGGUUGGCCCCACGCCAGUGAAGCCAUAAAUCCCUCAAGCCCAGCCUGGAAAGGAAGAAGAGGGGUUUGGAGAAGUGAAGGCCCCACUGACCGGGCAGUUCUCAACACUCAGAGCGCCUCUCCCCACCCUCGUGCCAGCCUAUGGACCUGUUUGUGUUCUGCCCUCGUCUUCUUCAGAUGGGAGCCUGGCAAAGCUGUGCCCCCCAUUAGACCACGGCCUCUUCCCUCCCUCUGUUCCCCUGCUUCCCUGCUUUCUGAGGGUUGAGAGGGUAAGAUGGGCCUCAGAGAGAAGCCUGUUCUCACUGGUCUCUAACCACAAUGGCUGUCCCUCUGCCUCAUCCCUACCCCUCAGUCUUCUGUCUAUUGGUUCCCGGCUGAAAGCAAGAGAUAAGGCUGGCCUCCAAUAUGGCGUCCCCAUUUCACCCUAGCCCAAGGUCCAGGAGGCUGGCUUCCAGAAAGGUGUGUGUGUGUGU